UGCCACUUUGCCAACUAGUCAAGGAGCUGCUACCGUGCUGGUCUUUAAUUUGUCUUUCGAGCUGGGCCAGGGUGGACCAGGGACGCACGGGUGAGGGAUGCGCAUCCGUCCCCGUCCACGGGCGUGUGGGGCUCUGGGUGUCUUUGCACUUUUUGAUCCGCACGCGCACGGUGUUGCAUGCUGUGCCCGGGAGGCUUGGGGACUUGUGCUGCGUGCUGUCCGUGCGCUCUGGCUCCCCGCGCCGUGCCGCGCCCGGAGUGGCAAGGUCUCCCGGAGCUCGGCGCGGGCAGCGCGUCCUCAGCCUCCGCGGAAGAGCCGCAGGCGCCCUUGCCCGGCGGCCGCUGCUGCUUGGGCCGGCGUCCUGGCACGCAGGCCGCUGGUGCCCGCCUCUGUGCGCCCUCCUUCCUUCGGGGCCGUGGGGAACUUAAAAGCCCAAGCUCUGGGGGACCGCCGGUCGUUCCAACCGAACCUGCAACUCCUCCGAGCAACCAGCCAGUUUGACGCCGACGUUUUGCCCGUGAGCUUCAAAAUAAGUAUCCAGGGGCCUGGGGAGAGCCCGGGUGGAAGGAGCGCAGGCCGAGUUGAAGAUGAUGACUUUUUUCAUGAACUUCCGGAAACGUUUCCAUCGGACCCACCUGAACCUCUGCCACAUUUCCUUAUUGAGCCUGAAGAAGCUUACAUUGUGAAAAAUAAGCCUGUGAACCUGUAUUGUAAAGCCAGCCCAGCCACCCAGAUAUACUUCAAGUGCAACAGUGAGUGGGUGCAUCAGAAGGAUCACAUCGUGGAUGAGAGAGUGGAUGAAACCUCUGGUCUCAUUGUACGGGAAGUGAGCAUUGAGAUUUCUCGCCAGCAAGUGGAAGAACUCUUCGGGCCUGAAGACUACUGGUGCCAGUGCGUGGCCUGGAGCUCCGCGGGCACCACGAAGAGCCGGAAGGCAUAUGUGCGCAUUGCAUAUCUGCGGAAGACCUUUGAGCAGGAACCCCUGGGAAAGGAAGUAAGCCUGGAACAGGAAGUUUUACUCCAGUGUCGACCACCUGAAGGGAUCCCAGUGGCUGAGGUAGAAUGGCUGAAAAAUGAAGACAUAAUUGAUCCUGUUGAAGAUCGGAAUUUUUAUAUUACUAUUGACCACAACCUCAUCAUAAAGCAGGCCCGUCUUUCUGAUACAGCAAAUUACACCUGCGUUGCCAAAAACAUUGUUGCCAAGAGGAGAAGCACAACAGCCACGGUCAUUGUCUAUGUUAACGGUGGCUGGUCCACCUGGACAGAAUGGUCCGUGUGCAACAGCCGCUGUGGACGAGGGUUUCAGAAACGCACGAGGACCUGCACCAACCCUGCGCCCCUCAAUGGUGGUGCCUUCUGUGAAGGGCAGAGCGUGCAGAAAAUAGUCUGUACCACACUGUGCCCAGUGGAUGGCAGGUGGACCUCGUGGAGCAAGUGGUCCACCUGCGGGACUGAAUGCACCCACUGGCGCCGGAGGGAGUGUACAGCACCGGCCCCCAAGAAUGGGGGCAAGGACUGCGACGGGCUGGUCCUGCAGUCCAAAAACUGCACCGACGGGCUCUGCAUGCAGAGUUUCAUUUAUCCUAUUUCAACUGAACAGAGAACCCAGAAUGAAUAUGGAUUUUCUUCUGCUCCUGAUUCAGAUGAUGUGGCCCUCUAUGUCGGGAUCGUGAUCGCAGUGAUCGUGUGCCUGGCCAUCUCUGUCAUUGUGGCCCUGUUUGUGUAUCGCAAGAAUCACCGGGACUUUGAGUCCGAUAUUAUCGACUCUUCAGCGCUCAAUGGGGGCUUCCAGCCUGUGAACAUCAAGGCAGCCAGACAAGAUCUCCUGGCCGUGCCCCCAGACCUGACGUCAGCAGCAGCCGUGUACAGAGGACCUGUCUACGCCCUGCAUGAUGUCUCAGACAAGAUUCCAAUGACCAACUCUCCAAUUCUCGAUCCACUGCCUAACCUGAAAAUCAAAGUGUACAACACCUCGGGUGCAGUCACUCCCCAAGAUGACCUCUCUGAGUUUACAUCCAAGCUGUCUCCCCAGAUGACACAAUCCUUGCUGGAGAACGAGGCUCUCAACCUGAAGAAUCAGAGUCUUGCCAGGCAAACAGAUCCAUCUUGUACAGCAUUUGGUACCUUCAACUCCCUCGGGGGUCAUCUCAUCAUCCCCAGCUCAGGAGUGAGCUUGCUGAUUCCUGCAGGUGCCAUUCCCCAAGGGAGAGUCUAUGAAAUGUAUUUGACUGUACACAGGAAAGAAAAUAUGAGGCCAGCCAUGGAAGAUGGGCAGACACUGCUGACGCCAGUGGUGAGCUGUGGGCCCCCCGGAGCCCUGCUGACCCGCCCAGUUGUCCUCACCCUGCAUCACUGCGCAGACCCCAGCACGGAAGACUGGAAGAUCCAGCUCAAGAACCAGGCAGCACAGGGACAGUGGGAGGAUGUGGUGGUGGUCGGAGAGGAAAACUUCACCACACCGUGCUACAUUCAGCUGGAUGCAGAGGCCUGUCAUAUCCUCACGGAGAACCUCAGCACCUAUGCACUGGUCGGCCAGGCCACCACCAAAGCAGCUGCGAAGCGCCUGAAGCUGGCCCUCUUCGGUCCCCUCUGCUGCUCCUCCCUGGAGUACAGCAUCCGAGUCUACUGUCUGGAUGAUACCCAGGAUGCCUUGAAGGAGGUCUUACAGCUGGAGAGACAGAUGGGAGGACAGCUCUUAGAAGACCCCAAGUCUCUUCAUUUCAAAGGCAGCACCCACAACCUGCGCCUGUCGGUCCAUGACGUUGCCCAUUCCCUCUGGAAGAGUAAACUGCUGGCUAAAUAUCAGGAGAUUCCUUUUUACCAUAUUUGGAAUGGUUCUCAAAGAAACCUCCACUGCACCUUCACUCUGGAAAGAUUUAGCCUGAACACGGUGGAGCUGGUUUGCAAGUUGUGUGUGCGACAGGUGGAAGGCGAGGGGCAGAUCUUCCAGCUCAACUGCACUGUGUCUGAGGAACCCACUGGCAUGGAUCUGCCGCUGCUGGAUCCAGCCAGCACCAUCACUACUGUCACAGGGCCGAGCGCAUUCAGCAUCCCUCUCCCUAUCCGGCAGAAGCUCUGCAGCAGCCUGGAUGCACCUCAGACACGAGGCCAUGACUGGCGGAUGCUGGCCCAUAAGCUCAACCUGGACAGGUACUUGAAUUACUUUGCCACCAAAUCAAGCCCAACCGGUGUAAUCUUGGAUCUUUGGGAAGCACAGAACUUCCCAGAUGGAAACCUGAGCAUGCUGGCAGCUGUCUUGGAAGAAAUGGGACGACAUGAAACAGUAGUGUCUUUAGCAGCAGAAGGGCAGUAUUGACCACACUGGAACUAAAAAUGAAGGACAGAGUGCACAGAGAGUCUGUGGCCGUCCAGGGAAACACAGCUGGGGAGGAAAUGCAGACUAGACCAGUGAGCUUCACAGGCAAGAUGGCAGCAGAAGGAAAACAGAUACGACCACCAAUGUACACGCCCACUUUUCUCGGACAGCAUCACAGGAGUUAAAAAUUGUGUAAAUUUGUACCUUGAAUUUAGAAAUCAACCUAAUUUUCCUCUUAGUUGGGCUGUAUGCUGUAUGGUACAGGAUCUUACAGUUUCCUAGGAAACGCUUUUUAUUGCUAUCCAGAUAUAUGGAUAAACUUUCUUAACAAACCCAAUUUCUACAAACGUUGUUUACAUCAAAUUGGACAGGGAUGCAGACACUGUCCAUGGCUCAUUCUAUUUUUGUUCAGAUCAUUUGAAGUCGAAGCUGUGGACGGUUUGUGGUGUCUAUUUCAGAUUAGUAAUUUACAGAGAAAUCACAGACUUUUGAUACAAAUCAUGUACAUCACAUGUCUCAGAUAAUCCUCCCAUGAGCGUUCUGUUUCUAGAACUUGUAGAACCAGUGUUAUUGUCUGUAUCAGGGAACUGGAGCAUUGACAUGCAAAAGACAAAUGACUAAGAUUCCUUAUGCCUUGGUGGAGGGCUGUCGAGUGCCCUUUGGGAAUAAACAUGUAGCAUUGCAGGGAAGAGAGCGAUUCAUGUUCAACCACACAAAUACUUCUUCAGGACUUGUGUGUUUGUAAUAUGCAAUUUGAAGUGGUUUUUUAAAGGUAUUAUUAUUAACUACAGGUAUUGCAGUAAAAGAAUUUUCUUUUCACUUUGGGUUUUCAUUAGCACUGCUGUUAGUAUUUAGUGUUCACUAGACCUGUCUGGCUCUCUCACAUAUCAGGUUGGAUGUGAUCACCAAUUCCAUUAACAGGCAUUGCUUCACUUGCCUUUGACCCUUGUCAUCCUGCUGGAAAAAGGUAGGCAGGGUCACCCGCCUUCUUGAUCUGUUUCUUCAUCUUGUUCCAACAGGGCCUUUCUCUUGAGUCCUAUCAGGUAUGUUCUCCUUGAAGUUCACUUAUUACUGUGGUUGUGUGGCCUGGCUCCCACCAGCCACGGGCCCUGUCUACCUGAGGGUAAUGUGGUUCAGAGAAUUGCCUCGGAGCUGGAAAUUAGAAAACCGGUUCUGAAUUUGGCACUGUCUGGUGCUACUUUAUGAAAACCUUGAAACUCAUUGGAGCUCAGUUUCCUUACCCAUAAAACAGGUGGUGAGAUGAGCGUAUCUUCAGAUUCUAAGCUGGUGCCCUCCUUUGUGAGGCGUCCAGUCUCUCAUCCAUCUAUCUGAAAAUGACAGUGACCUCUGACUUGAGUCAUUUAAAUACUCAGCUAGUCUUUUUCUCAGGCCGCAGUAUCUUUUCAAAUCAUUUUAACUUGGAAGAAAAUUAUUCUAAUCUGCAAUGUGUUUGUCCAACAGUCAGUCCUAGUUAUCAUUUUCUUGUCCUCUCAUAGAACCCCUAGCCUUCCAGCCUACCUAGCUUUAAAUUUUUUUAUUGUUUCGAACUGCUGACAUCAAGACCAUUCCUACAAGUCUGCCAGUAGAAACUCUCUACUUUUUUUCUCUUCAAUCUUUGCUUUAACACUGUUCAGUAGCACUUACAGAGGCUAAUUAGUCCUUUUCAUCCUAUAAAAUGUUAGCCAACAGACUACUUAGUAUGAAUGACAAUUUCCUUGGGACCAUCACAGGCUCUUUAACAGAAGGACUCAGUUCACCCAGCAGCGAGAAGAAAGAGUCCACAACAGCCCCAUAGCCAAACCAAGACUGAGCAAGCAGCACCCAGGCUUGAAUGGGAACCUGCAGAACAUGACCGUGGAGUCUGCAGGGCAGAGUCCAUGCUGCUAAAUCAUUUCAUUUAUCUUCUGCUUCCUUCCACAUGCACUUCCCUCUCCUGUUUGUUUACUUCUUAAUGUUCUCAGACUCCUCCAUUCUCAUUAAGGAAUCGUUGCUGCCUUGUCGUGGAGCCUUGUCUUACAUAUCAUUUCUUUCUUAUCUUCGGUUUUAGACAGAUAUCCCAUAAACUGUUUCUCCAACCACGCUGUUCAUUAAAGUUGCCACAUAUAAAAAUGUUGGUUCCACUGGUUGUGGAAGGCGGAGAUUGCACUAGUCAAGUUCAGUGGAUAAAUGUUUGUACUGAUGACUAAAGCUGUAUUCUAAAUUAAAAUUUUAAGUAAUUUUAAAAAGCAAAAUGAGCAAAGAGUUAUUGUCUAUUAAUGCACCUUGAAAUAAAAUUGUCAGGAUUGCUCAUUACUGGUAAUCAUCUGGCAAUCAAGCACUGGGAGUUCAAGAAAACUUUUAUGCAACAGGAGAGGCAGAAGUGAACAAAAAUUUAGCUGUCCAGAUGAAUGCAUUUCCAAAUGUUUACUAAAAGCUUUGAUUAAAAAUAACACAGAAAAAUGCUCAACAUAACACGUAUUGAAGCCACUAAGAGGUGCUGGAAUUCACUUCAGGUGCUUGGUUUUUGGUUAAACCUCCCACCACUGGAAAAGGGAAAAGUGAUUGAUUCCAUGAGAGGUAAACAUCUAUCACAAAACUGCUGUUUCUUAUCAAGCGAAUGACAACUUCCUUACACAUAAUACUCCAUAUGUCAAAAGAUUUUCACUAAGAAGUCUGCUUUUCUUCUCUUUGGAGAAAAGUAAUAGCUGUUAGAUUGCUCCCCAACUUACAAGGCUCGAACACAACAGUUCAUUUCACAGGAGCCACUUCAUCAUCCCAUGUGCCAUUUCCGGUUUCCCACAGCGGUGAGCAGAACCCCGCUUCCUUCAGUUGGAUGGAAAACUAUCACUUGUGCAUGGUGCCAUCUAGUGGCCUGCCACACAUUAUACCCUGGGGUUAGCUCCUAGGGCACUAAAGGCUGUUUGACAGAAUGAGUACCUGCCUGUGAGUGGGAUCUUCGUGACACAUAGACGGGAAGGGAGGGUCACUUUGAAUCUGUAAUAGUCUUCUCAUGUUUUUUCACUUAAAUCAUCCUUCUCAAAAUAAUGUCAUUAUGAGUCUAAUAUAUCAUCAACUCAUUUAUCCAAGUCCUAAGUUGCUUUUUUGUAAUAGGAACAUAAAACCCAUGUCUUUGAAAGUCAUCAUUUUAAUGUUUGUGAUUUCAUUGGACUUUGUAUAUUUUAAAUCACUUUUAAUUCCCUGCUGUUUACCUGUGGAAAUGUAGGAGGUAUCUGCUUAGAAAGAAGUCGUAUGGAAGCAAAUGGCAGUACUGUGCCUAAGGAAGAGAAAAUUGUGGUUAUUGAUGAAGGACAAGAAAGAAGCUUCUGAACUUGUAAACCUAAUGCCAAAAGCUUUGUCCUGUUUUCAUUUUACCUUUGCAACAUUAAUACACAUUUUCUUAGUGUUCUGGGAGGAAUAAGGUUCGAUUCAGAAUUGCUGGUUGGGCACCCAAUGCUAACAAGCAUGUGUGAUGCCGAACAUCUCACAGCCAGCAGCCUUUCACCAACACAUCCCCACAUACACACUCGCCUGGUUACCCCGAUGACCUGUGUCCUUAAGCAGGCAAUGCAGCCUCUCCAAGGGCAGGGCAUUGUCAGGAGGUGAGAAGUCCGACGUUCAUCAUCAUUUGCUGUUCUCUAGACGAGCAGAGCCAUUCUUUAGGGAGAAGUCACAGCCCGAGUUCAGGGCACUGUGAAAGGCAGGUAUUCAGGAAUGGGCUUCAAAAGAUUUUUCUCCUAGAGCAACAUAUAUUAAGAGCAAACAUUCAGAGGUACAACUCAGCCUUGCUCUGACUCCUGGGGAAAUACAAAGGAAUCUCUCAAUUUAGUGUUCUGUGGUCUCUGCAGGAAUUCAACAGCUGUGUUCUUGGGCCAUGCACACGGCUGUGUUCCAUGUGUGAAGAUGUGAGCUGGUUAAGAAAACACUGCCUCCCCAGAUCCCACAGGCUCUGGUUUCUGUAAGGGUUGUCCCUGGGCUAGUCACAUGUGAAACUGCACAAGGACCUGCGAGUGUAUGUAAAGACAGUAGGGAAGGUUUGUGUUCAGUCUGGUUGAAUGUGCAGUUCUGUUUUGCUGACAGGCAUUCUAGACCAGUCCUUAGUUUUGUGUGGAGUCCUCAGUGCUCAGCCAAGGGCAGACAGGACGAAGAAGGCCACAGAAACACACUAGCCAUCACCUUUGAGAAGUUUUGUGAGUCAGAAUGGCACUGUUCAAGUCUAGUUAUUUGUACCAAUGAUCACAGCCAAUGAGCAUUAGAUUUUAUAGAUACAGUAAGAAAUAUUUUUAUCAAUUAUCUCAAGGUAAUAACAUUUUUUACCUUUCGAGUGCCUCGUAGAACCAACUAUUAUACUUUGUUUUUCCUUUUGUAUUAUUUUUAUAUUUUUAAAUGUACUGAGCUAAUGUUGACUGAAAUCCUUAGAACUUUCCCUCUGUGCAAUGAAAUACUGUUUCUCUACCCUAAGAUCUAUUUGUAUAAUCCAUAACUGUUAAUAAUCACUUUGAAAGAUUUCCCUUGCCCCUUUAAUGAUUUUUAAUGAAACAAGGAAUAUGGGAAAUAAAUACAUUAUAACCAAUGUUAAUUUAAGCCCAUGUGCAUGCAGGCCAAAUAAAUGAAGUCAGAAAUAUUUCCAGGAUUGUGACAUGAAAAACUAUUUUUGAAAGCUGGAGGUAUGGUCCUGUAUGUCACUGAGUGGAUUUUCUCUACAGGCUAACAGUGACUGUCCUAAUUCUUUCAUCUUAUCAGCCAUAUGACUGUUCAUGUUUUCAGAAAUAUUACGUUGAAAAUUUAUCUUGAAGAGCAUUCGUGGCUCCAGAAUUUCCAGUGGGCGGGCUGUGCCUCCUUCUGAUCCAUGGUAGGACAACUCACUCCACCAAGUGUGUUGUAUGCCUCAGGCCUAUUCAUCUUGCAGGAAAAGCAUUAAGAGGCCAAAGGGAUAGGCUCUGCACGAUGUAUAAACACACAGAAAAACAUUUACAGAGGCCCUGUCCCAGUCCUCAGUACACUCAAGCUCUUCUAUCCUGAAGGGAUUUGUCCAGAGAUCUUGGAAAUCCCUGUAGAAGAUGACAACAGUUGUGGCCCACUCAAUCAGCUGCCCACCGGCCAUGUUACUGUAAUAGGCUUCUCAUCAGACCAUUUCAGAGUUGUGCUUUGGCACAAUUACAAGUUGCAGGUCAUAACACUUCAGGGGUUCCUUACAAAUAAGCAGAAUCCUGUGCCAUCCUUAAAUUCCAAAGUCUUUUGAAGCAGGCACUGGCAGACCUGCUGGGAACCUGACAAUAUGGACCAGGGCUGAAUGAACUGGGUUGCAUUUUGGAACAUGCACCAUAUACAGAUUUCAUUGAUCAGCACCCUAAGCUCUUGGUGGUUAGUGUUUAGUGUCUGAUCUUCAACACUAUGGAGAAGCAACAUCAAAGAAACCCGGUUCAAUCUGUCCUAGAUGUCAGACCUUUUUAAAGACAGCAUUAAAAAAACAAAUCUACAACCAGUGGAAAAUGCCUUUUCCCUUUCAUACUCUCUAUGCCUUGGGAAAGAAACAGGACUGCAACUAGAACUUGCUCCUGUCCUAGAUUCACACUUCUGUUGGCAGUGACACCCUCACCCUCCAGAGUGUGCUUACCCAGCUGUCAUCACUGUGUGUGUGCUGGAUGUCACAGUGUUGUAGGUGUUGUGCUUUAACAUUGAGCUGUCACAAGUUGGUCACCUUCCACUUUGCUCUUUCCAAAGAAGACAACCAGUGUUUGUCAGAGACAAAUCCACAGCAGUCCAUAUUGCAGAGGCUGUGUCAGCGCCGUCUUCUUGGAGCGGUUCAACUGCAGAAAUGUCAGGUUGAGGUUUUGUGCUUCACCAUUUUUUUUUAAGCAGAACGCCACCAUCUUAGCUUCUCACAUUCAAAAAACUGCUUUUGUUGUGGAGUUUCCUCUUGCUGUAUCUUCUAUGCAAUUCCUUUUCUAAAACUCCCUGGCGGAGGUGGUGUGCGCUCUAGGUGCCCAUCUGUUCGUCGCCUUGCUGUGUGACAGAAGCGAGGGGCACGAGCUCUGGGUGUGCCUCUUUUCUCUCCUUAGCUGCCUCUCCCAAUUUUUCCUGUAGUCCCCUUGGUUUGUAAAUUGCCUGCAUUUAUUCUGUCAACCAACAUGUACAAAAUGUAAGAAAGAAUUUUUAAACAGGUAAUAAAUUAUAUUUAUAAGCAA